CCACAAUUGGUAACCCCUAGUAAGGUAAAAGGAGCAAGAAAACUACAUUCAUUUUCAUCCAAAACCUUAUUAUGGCAAUGGAAAUGAAUCCAGCUGACGAAACCUUGUUUUUCUCCGACUCUCAUCUCCUUGAAUCGAUAAAGCAACAUCUUCUUGACGAUUCAGAUUUUUCUGAAAUUUUUUCGUCGAUGAAUUCUAGCAACGAAAUAUUGCCUAACAGUCCUAGCUCAAGUUUUAGCAGCUUCGACUUCGACUGCAGCUUCCUUAAUUGGGAUGAAAACUCUGAGGAAACAUUAAUACCAACUGAUCAGAAUCCUUCACAUGAAUCCCAUGAAAAGUACUCCGAGUCCGAGGAGAAAACCCAGGGCCCUGGGGUGGCGCGUGAGAAAAACGCGCCGCGAGAUUGGACGCGGUACAUAGGAGUGAAACGGCGACCGUGGGGGACGUUUUCGGCGGAGACAAGAGACCCAAGUAGGAAAGGUGAAGGUGCAAGGCUGUGGUUAGGAACUUACGAGACCGCAGAGGAUGCAGCGUUAGCUUACGAUCAAGCCGCUUUCAAAAUCCGCGGCUCGAGAGCUCGGCUCAAUUUUCCUCACUUAAUCGGCUCAAACAUGCCUAAGCCGGCUAGAGUUACAGCGAGGCGUAGUCGUACGCGCUCACCCGAGCCAUCGUCUUCUUCAUCCACCUCAUCAUCAGAAAAUGUACCAAGGAAAAGGAAUAUAGAUGUGAUAAAUUCCAUAGCCAAAGCCAAAUUCCUUUGUCAUAGCUUGAAUUUACAGAGAUUAGCUUAAUUAUGUGAAAGGAAGGGUUCGCGUUCAACAUUAGAAUAGUCUCAACAACCCAAAAAAAAAAAAAAGCAGGGCAACUAAACUUUUAGUUAAUUUCUCCACUCUAUUUUGUUGCCAUUCUUCAAAUGAAAUUGCUUGACUGAUAAAUCACUUUUUGUUCUA